AAGACACCCAAUCCCUUAUAGACAAUGAGCAAACUGGUGACAGCACUUCUUAGAACCUUCAGCUACGCAAACCAAGAUUCUUCCCACAACCUUCAGCUGCACAAAUUGGCGACGACACUACCAAUUUCUCAUAAGGUCUGCAACGCACUUUUUUUUCAAGAAGAUAUGACGACGUCUCCAACAAACUGCAAUCAUACAUUGACUUACAAAGCCGCCUCUCAGUUCGGAUCUCUACCGGCCAUAUGGAUCCCACUGAGACAUAGGGAUGAGUACAACGCAUCCACCAGUCGAGUCGUUGCACCGGAGGAGUGGUGGAAUCAAAAGAUUAAGAUAAUGCUGUUAAUUUUUGUUUCCCUUUAAUGGUUUUGAUUAAUGCAAGUCGACAUCUACGAAACUACAUUCUGGAAAUAGCUAACACUGUAGUCUUUUCUUGUACCCAUGCGUAAUAUUGUUUGACAUUUUCAGUAAAUUCUUUUUCGGCACAUUCUGAUUUUUCGUUGAACUGUUGUCCUCAUUUUUAACCCUUGUUCGCAAGAGUAUAAAGACUACAAGGACUUCAAGGACAAUGCCGUAAGUAAGAUCUACAUUCGCUUCGUCAACUAUUUGGGGACGAUUACGAUGGUGAAAAUUAUGCAAUCACUUCGACGAAGUUGUGUAGAACGAGGUUCGGGCUGUUCGAGGAUAGAACACUGGAAGACCACCGUGAUGCAAUUUUGAUCGACGAUGAGAGUAGUGGUUCAAUUGAUGGAGCAGAGGAAAUGCCCGAUGGAUCCGGCAUGAACGUUUCCAGCACCACAAGGGAUGCUAAAAGGAAGUCCUCUAGUGCCAAGCGACGGGGGAAGAAGAAAAAAAUAUCUGCUCGAGAGCUAUCGUUUUCUGUCGAUCGGGCCACCAGUGCCGUGGAGGAAGUGGCAUUGCCUAUGUAGAAGAGUUCUUGGCGACAUGAUGACUUCUACAGCGGACACCGUUCUACUUUUUGCCUGUGUAGUUCUAGCUCAAAAGUGCUGUCGGGACAUACUCGCCGUCAUGAAAGAUGCAGAUGAGAAAUUUGAGUGGAUUGCAUGGCUGUUCAACGAGUAGGACAAGCGAUCUGCCUUUGACUGUGCGCAUUAAAUGUACCUACGUGUUGUGUCCCAAAAACUGUUUAACUUUUGUAUGCAUCGAUCUGUCCCCGUUGUACGUUGUGUGUUUAAAUA